GAGAGCUCAGUUUUACUGUUAUUUUUAUUACAACUCUUUUUUUUAUAAUCACUUAUUUAUUAACUAAUGUUUUGUUUUUAUUUCUCAUUAUUAAUGAGUCAUUAAUUGUUUUCAAUUGAAAACUUAUUGUCUGUUAUUAUUGAGUAAAACUUUAUUUACGAUUAAUUGGGAAAAUAAAACGAAAAAGUUUUUGCCUUUUAUUCAGUGUUUUAUUUUGCAAUGAAUUGUUUGCCGCGAUUUAUGGCCGCAAAUAUGUCCACAAAAAUGACCGCAAAGUUGUUUACAAACCAAUUGAAGUCAGUAUUGAUAUCGCAGUCCAACACUACUGGCCAUAGAUUUGCCGCUAAUAUCGCUAAUAAGACACAAUUAACAACCAGUUAUGGCUCACCGAAAAUCCAGGCCAACAAUAAGAUCAUUUUGCCGAAGAAUAUUGUCCUCAGACACUGUUCGCCGAGCACUUCGUACGCACUCUCGUUGGACACGGGGUUCUCAGAGUCGAUGCCUAUGACAACAACCCGACGGCCACUCACUAUCAUCUUCUCGUGGAUGUUAGCGAAGGACAAACACGUAGAGAAAUACAGACAAUUGUGGUAUAAGAGAGGCUUUGAUGUGUUGACUGUGAGGACAUCACCCUUUGAUCUGUUGGUGCCUCCGCUCGGCGGUCAAGUGGUGGCCAAGAAUUUAGCCCAAACUUUGUCACAACUGAACGCUCAGUAUAACGAGAUUGUGAUCCACGCCUUCUCUGUCGGCGGCUAUCAGUUUGGUCUGACUCUGAAUGAGUUAAUCCGAUCGCAACAGAAUCAGCACAUCUUGGACUCAAUUAAAGGCAUUGUAAUUGAUUCCAUGGUAUUCACCGAAGACUGCGCGCCCGGACUGUCCCGAGCGGUCACUUUGAAUCCAGUGGUGCAGCCGAUGAUUGAGUCCACGAUUCAUGUCUUUCUUAAGCUGUUUAAAAAUACUGUCAAAUAUUACGACACGGCUUACUAUAUGAUCGCUAAUCCGGUCGUCAAAUAUUCUGGCCUAUUUUUCUACUCGAAAGACGAUGUCGUGAGCAGUAUUGAACAGAACCAUCGAGUGAUGAACAAUUGGAUCAAAUUGGGACAUAGGGUUCGGUCUAAGUGUUGGGACACAUCUACACAUGUGCUCCACUAUAGGGACCAUAAGUCCGAUUACGAGCAAGAAUUGGAUGACUUUCUCAAGAAUUUGAAACUCAGAAACUCGAAGAUAUAGACGAAACCCGAACGGAACAGUUCGGUGACAAUCAAUGAGUUAAACAUAUAAUUUAUUUACGCAAUUGAUUGCAAUAAUAUUGGAUUCAAUUUUAGCUUAUUUUUUUACCUUUCACAUUUUAAUAUAAAUCUAUUUUUCUUAAAACCCGAAUUCCUAUUGUUUUUUACCCCAGAAUUGAUUGCUUUUUUUUACCGCAGAAGAAUUCUAUUUAGUGAUAAUUGCUUCCAUGUAUUUAGCCAUAAAACACGCCGUGAAUUGACCCAUAAAUGUGUUGCCUUUAAAAAUUAUGUAUUUAUUUAUGAUAUUAUAAAUUUAUGAAUUUAUAGUGUAAUUAAUUUAUUAAAACAAUUUCUAAAUCACAGAUAUAUUAACCGUAAC